CCUGCCUGCUUUGCUGCUAAGUCUGUUGUGCCAACCCUCGCAGUCAUUAUUUUUCCGAGUUGGCUGCAUAUAUAUGCACCAAGAAGAAACAGCAAAUAUGGGGUUUUGAAUCCACUGAGAAUAAAAAUACUCCAAUAAGGGCUGAAGAGGAGAGUUGCUUGGGGUUGCAUCCCUAAUGGCUUCAAACUGCGGGAUAAUGAAGUCGGACGGAAGGAAUGCCAAAGCUAUUAGUCGUCGACAAUACAUGUGAGAGAUGGAAUCAGGGCAACAGGCAUGUGAGGUUGUUCAAGGAGUUAUUGCAAAUAUCUGUGGAAAGCUUGGUGCUGGUGCCAAGGAACAUAUUUGUCUUGAUAGGCUUCAUGAGAGUGCCACAUUGUUGAUGGAGAACAGUUGCAGUGUCCCAGAAGCCAUAGAGGCAAUAUCUUCACCUAUGGAGCAGGAUGUACAGGUGAAGUUGAAAGAAAAAGAUAUUGCCAUCAGGAAAAUUAGAGAAGACUUGGAGAAGGUCCCUGAACCACAAAUUGUGAAACAGAAUUGUGACCAGGACCCUGAGCAACUUUGGGGCACAACUUAUCCAAGAAAGAGUGAUUUCAAUACUCCAGAGUCUUAUACCAGAACACAAGUAGGGUUUGUAAAUAUUAAGGGCUCUGACACAGUACCUGACAAUACAAGUGCCUCAGAUUGUGUUGUCGGAGAUGUGCCACAAGACAGUAGAAACAAAGGUGACAGUGAUGAUGAUGAUGAUGAUGUAGUUAUUAUUAGCACAGUCCCUCGAAAAUCUGCUCCUCUCAUUGUGUUGAGUGAUGACAGCUUUGAGGAAGCAUUUCCUUCCACCAGUAAUGAAAGUGCAUCUAUCAUGAAGGAAAUGGAAAGUGAACAGAACCCAAAGCCAAAUACAAGUGUAAUGGGGCAAGACACAAUGGAACUAGACACACUCACAGAUAUUGUCACUCAACAAAAACUCAUGGGGGAACAAAAAGCUGACAUAAAGGAUGCUGAAAACAGUGGCUUUAUUAAGGAGAGUCUUGCUAAUCUACACAAGGAUGAAAUGACCCUGAAUGAAAGAAUUAUUGAGAUAAGAAAUGAAGAAAAAAGGAACAUAGAUAAUAUUGAUGGUGAAGUGAAAGACAGUCAAGCUGAGCCUCAUACAAGUAAUAGGUCAGACUUUGAUGCAUUGAAGCGAAUAUCUGCAGGUGCUGUGGAUGAUAUGGGCAGCCAUAAUACUGAUCAAGCAAACCACUCCCUAUCACCUGUGAGUCUUCAGCCUCACUCACCAAAUCCUCCAGCAGACUCCAAGUUGUGUCUUAGUAAUGAAGACAACAGCAGUGACAGUGAUGCAGAUUUAAUGAGUGUUUCAAUGAAUAACCAUCUUGAGAGAAAUCAGUCCAGUGAACUAAGGGAGGAUGCACGUUUUAUAUGUUCCUUGCUCCCGUACUUCACUUUUAAUGAUGUGCAUCAGACUUUGGUUGAGAACAUUUACCAUCCAGACCGUCGGGCCUUCGUACUCGAGGCAUACAUAAACCUUGCAGUGGACCGCCAAGAGUCAGUGCAAGAUGAUGUUUUUCAGGGUCUCUGGGCUGCUAGAAAGCGAUCCCAUGGAGAGGUGUCUGAUUCUCAUACUCUCCUUCCAAAGAAAAGGAAGACUGAGUCAAUAUCUGAAGCACAGAGUGUAUUGAAAGAACAGCCGGUGAAUGUUCCUCAUGAAGCCCUCCCAUCUACCAGUACUGCUGGUUUUGUCCCUGUGGUGCCAAAAGAACCAGAUGUGACCAGAGGCACCGAUCCUGUAACAUUUGAACCCAGAGUUGUUGAUCCAGUUUGGGAGAAAUGGUACAAAGAGAAGAUGAAUUUUUUGUGUGCAGUGGUGCAAGCAGACAAAGAAGUGCUCUGGGCUCAGGUUCUUACAUGCCAAACUGAUGCUGAUGUUGAGGCACUAAUGGAACGUUUGAUGGAGGAGCAGGACCAGCUAGGCAAGACAGUUCCUGUAAUACCACAGUAUGUAGAAAACCAGCCAAGCACCAGUACUGCUCAACAUGCAAUUGUUACUGGGUCCAGUAAUGAUCCUGGAACCAGUGACAACAGUGAUGACAGUGCAAGGGAAGAAGCAGUGGCUGGCCCGUCCAAUGAAGAAGGUAUUGAUGGAGGAAUGGCAGUAGAUCUUGAGGAGAAGAUCUUAAAUCAAGUCAAGAUGCUUUCUGAGAUGUUUGAAAAUGCUGAUCCAGACUAUCUUCAGGAGAGGUGUGUGGCCAUCAGUGGAAAUGACACAAAGUUCCAAGAAGUUGUGAAUGGACUCCUCCAAUCCACAGAUUACCCCAAGAUUGAAGAAUACCACAAAAGGCAAAAGAGAUUAGAAAUAAAAAAGAAAUUCAUUGAGGGCAUGUCCGUUGAAGAAUUUCUAGAAUACUUUGAAGAUCCAGAGAAGGUGUUCUGUGAUACCACCACCAACAUGAGUAACACCUACAAGGACAAUGCUCGCACUCAACUCCAGAAGGAUCUGCCUUUCCAUCUCAGUCGGGAUAUUGAAAGUACACUCAAGAAGCAUAACCAUCACUAUUUGCCUUCCCUGAGGGCACUGCAGGAGAAUGAGAAGUUGGCUCGGCGAAAGACCAAGCGUACUUCCAACUUGAAGGAGAAGGACAUGGAUGAUAUCUUCAUCAAAGAAUUGUGUUAUGUGCGCAUGCAAGCUGAAAUAAAGGAAUACCUGUGGAAAAAAGAAGAAAACAAGCGGCGUGCCUUUCUCCUGGCAAAGGCAGCAAAUGAACUGCAAGAGUGUCGGUGUUGCUAUGAUGAUGAGGUGCUGGAAGCGGAUAUGGAACCAUGCACUGCUCAGAAUGAUCAUCAUAAAUUUUGUGUCAACUGUAUAAGAAGGUUUGUGGAAGAAGAGAUUGGACAAGGAAGGACACGUUUCCGAUGUCUUGAGGGUGAGUGCAAGGAUGAGUUUUCCUUGACAACCCUCCAGAAAGUGAUGAAGCCUUCUGUCUUCUCAAAAAUUUUGGAACGAAAGCAACUGGAAGAAAUUGCAGCUGCUGACAUUGAGGACUUGGUGGCAUGUCCCUUCUGUAACUUUCAGACCAUCAUGCCAAAUCCAGAAGAUAAAGUUUUCAAGUGUCUCAAUCCGGAGUGUAUGAAGGAUUCUUGCAGGGUAUGUUGGAAGUGCGGCAAGAGGUUUAUCAAGGACGAUGGAUGCAAUAAAAUGGUGUGUCCAUGUGGCGCAAUGAUGUGUUACAUCUGUAAGAAGGGAAUUCGGGGCUAUGACCACUUUGAUGGUAACCAUCCUCCGAAAGACCCCAGAAAAUGUCCACUGUGGAGCAAUUCUGUAAUUACUCAUGCAGAGGAAGUGCGAGCUGAAGUCUUAAGGCUUCAAGAAGAGCUGGAUCCAUCAGUGACGCUAUUCCAUAAUCCCCUCCAGGAUCUGCCUGAGGUACCAAAGAACUUAGUGAAGCACCAAGGCCAGCCGGCACACCUACCUCAUGCUGCUGCUCGACCUGUACACCACCAACAGAUCCAAGCUCGCCCUCAAGUUGUUUACCACAGGCAACCUCAUGUCCCUAUUGCUCACCAAAAUCAAGGUGGAUUUCUUUUUCCUGCUCAUCGACCGCUCCCCCCAGCUCCACCUGCUCACAGACAGCUUCCCCCAGCUCCACCUGCCCAUCAGCACUAUCCUCAAGUCAUGCCAGUUGGAGUGAUGAGGCCUCCACCAGUUAUGAAUUUGCCUGAGGCUAACCAGCAUCAUCAUCACCAUCAUCUUCAGCAUAUUCAUAUUCCUAUGAGACCUGUCCUGCUCCCACCUACUCGGCCACUUGGGGACAAUGCUGGGGUCAAUGAACACCUGAUGGAAAUGAGAAGGAAUCAAGAGAUGCGUAUGAGGCUGUGGAACAGGUAUAUGGAGCAUAACACUGCCAACAAUGGUAACAGCAGUGGCACCAGCAACAACAGAGGCAACAGGGAUUAGGGCAGCAUUGCUCAUGAUAAGGAUAGGAGUACCAUUCUAAAGACAUUCCUAAAUGCAGGACACUGGAAUGGAAAUAUCAUAGUUGUUAAUGACAGGAAGUACCACCAUUUUACAACUUAUAAGAUUUGCCAAGCCUAUAUCCAGUAUAUAAAUAAAUCAGUUAAAAACUAAAUUUUACCUGUAUGUACUGAUGCAUAUGCAAGAGACUGUCCAGAUGGGAAUGACUUACUUGUUCCUCAUAAUGUACUUCUAUAUUUUUGUAAGCCUGUCUAACAACCAUUAUUUAGGCUACUAGUGAUUCUCUCAGUAGCAGUGGUGAUAUUGAUAAUGAUGCAUAAUAUCAAUUAUUGUUAUCACUAUAAUGUUGAUGAUGAUAGUUGAUGAUAAUCAUUGUAGUUAUUAUUACCACUGGGAAAAGGUGUUUAAGAUAUGAAAACUUUUUAUUUAAUUCCAAAUUAUUGUCAGAAAUUGUCUCUAGUUUCCUUGCAAAUAAAAGAAUUAUCAAGGUUUUUAAUUUAGUUAUACUACUUUCAGUAUGACAAAACAGAUUGUAAGGUUUUAUUGAAAUGGAUCAGGAGUCAGGAAAAGGAUCACAGUUUUUGUUUAUCUGGAAGUAGUAGGUCAUUUUAUGGAAUGUAAACAUUGCUAAGUUUAACAGAAAUGGAUCUUAUUUGUGUUCUCAUUUCUGAUUUUUUUUUUUUUUUUUUUUUUUUUUAUUCAGUUCUUCAUCUUCAGUUAUCGGUAUUUCCAUUGGUGUUGGUGAAUUAACUUUUCCCAUUUGGACCUGAAAAUAUUCAGAAAUGUUUAAUGCACAAUUAGAAAUAUUUAAUUAAGGGUUUACACAUUUCAUGUGGAAGUUGAGUCUUGAAUGAUAUCCUUUCUUUCUUUAUUCAAAUGAUUGAAGACCAAUGUGAAUUGUUACAUCUUCAGCUCAUGAGCUCUGGUGUUUCACAUGAUAUACAUUUUAAAAACCUUUGAUCAAUUGUGCCAAGAAAUAAAUGAAAAGAAAUAACACCCAAUCAAGGCUAGUUGUAAUCUUCAUAUAAAAUAAUAUUCUAUUUUAUAUU